GCAGCGCCAAGCGUAUUUGGCGGGACCGCGCUUAGACGGCGUCGUCUGUGCUCCUCGUAAGUCUGUCGUGUAGUGAACCGCAAAGGCUCUCGUCGCAUAAUGGCUGGCGGAAAGGCGGGCAAGGACUCUGGCAAAGCAAAGGCGAAAGCGGUCUCUCGUUCGGCGAGGGCCGGCUUGCAGUUUCCUGUUGGUAGGAUUCAUAGGCAUUUGAAAAACAGAACCACAAGUCACGGUCGAGUCGGUGCUACCGCGGCAGUAUACAGUGCAGCAAUCUUGGAAUACCUUACUGCCGAGGUUCUAGAAUUAGCAGGAAAUGCCUCAAAAGAUCUUAAAGUAAAACGUAUCACGCCGAGACAUCUUCAGCUUGCAAUUCGUGGUGACGAAGAAUUAGAUAGUCUUAUUAAAGCAACCAUUGCGGGAGGAGGUGUUAUUCCACAUAUCCAUAAAUCGUUGAUUGGCAAAAAAGGCUCGCAAAAGCCAGCAUAAUUUAGUGAUUCAUUCAGGAACAUUUGAAGCUACGUAGGCAAAGAACAAGAGAUGCAAAACAGCAGUGAUUGUUGACAAAGUGUACCUAUGUUAUUACAUUGAUGGCGAGACUGGCGUGAUAUAAAUAUAUAUAUAUGAAUAUAUAUAUAGAUAUAUAGAUAUAUAGAUAUAUAAAUAAAAACAAAUAUUGAUAUAAUUUAAUAUAGGUAAAUGAGAAUUAAGGAAGAAACAAAUUUUCACCGUACAAUUGGCAUAUUACGAAAGGAGGAAAACUAAUAAUUAUAGGUCUGAUAUGAAGAAAUAAAUUUUAGUGUACACUGUAUACUGCAAAUAGUUGACGAGCGAUGCGUUGUAGCAUGGCUCGUUAAAGUUGCAGAAAUUUUUGGUAUAGUACACAUCCUGAAAGUUGGAGUAUUUAAGGACUGGGAUGUGUAAGUCCAUUUGAAAAUUUCGUUUUCUUUCUCUUUAUUACAUUGAUGGUGUUAACUUUAUCUGUUUUUUUUCUUUUUUAAACGACCGCGUAUUACUAACGCUAUUUUCUUAAAAUUUGCUAUUUGGAUAUAGCAUACUUAUUGUUCUAAAAAUGCUGUAUGAUAUGCGCAAGUAUUAAGUAGAAUUCAGUACUUUCAAUAUUUAACAUAUUCAAUUUUUACCCAUAUCUAUAUGUCUAAUACUCCACUCGUGUGGACAUAAGUGGGAAUAAAUAAUCAUUCUUGUUAUUAAAUACUCUGAACUAUCUUGAAACAGUCAACAGUGCGUAUGAACGUUUCUAGAGAACAAUUUUUAUUUUGAACUAUUUAUCUACAAGUUUAGGUUGCUAAAUAUCUUAUUCAGUUUUUAAAGUUUUCAGUCAUCAUAUUUGAAUGGUAUUGUACAGGAAUGUUCCGUGAAAGUGUACACUAGUAUAUUUAAGAAAUUUGAAACGUACGAAGAAAUUUUAUUUCGGAAUUUCGAAUUAAAUCAGAUUUACAAAAAUAAACAGUAAUUUUCCUUAUUUUAUGAUGAACACCAAAAAGUUACUGCAAUGAUCAUUCACUAUAUAGUAUUAAAUGUUAAGUUGUGUAUAAAUUCAUAAUAUGCUACUGAAUGAUGAUUUUCAAAGAAAUGUUGAUUGUGUUCAAAGUUUGUUGUACACUUCUGUAUAUUUUGCCCUGUACAAGGAAUAUUUUAUGAACUAUUUCUUUUCACAUUGUUUCACAGAUGUUCUGCUAACUUUUCAAGACUCUGAUCUGGUCUGAACUUAAAUAAUCUAGUUUUAUGUCACAGUGUAUUGAGAAUUAUGAGACUGGAAUCUUUGAUGCACGAAAAACUUUUCCACCGAUAUAAAAGUGUGAAGAAAAAUAUUUCGGAAUCACCGAAUCUUUGAUGUAAUAUCAUAAUGUCUAUUCCAGUAGUAUUCAAGUGUAAAAUCUAAACCAUAUUAAGCAAAUUUUAAAGCAGUUUGAAACGUACAUGGAGUAUACGUUUAUAAGGAAAAACAAGUAGUUUUUGGUUUCCUUGGCAUCAUGUCAUUCUUUAUUUACUAUUCAUGAAAUUGUUGAUAUUUGCGGCAUUUAGUGUAAUUUUCAUUGUAUCUACGGUAACGCACCGUAUAUUAAAUACACGAGCCAUAUGUAAAACGUUCAUUUUUCAUAAUAAAGAAAAAUUUUACUAUUAAA